AUGACCCUGAGGGAUGUGAGGCACACAGAUAUUGCUUCAUAUCAUGCCAGGAUUGAAACAAGCCGAAAUAUUGCAGACCUUAUCGUCCAAGCAUCGGGACCAGCGAUUGAGGGACAUGAUGUGAAGCUGAGCUGCGUUAGUGACUGUACUUUGAGACCAAGCUCCAGGAUCAUGUGGAAGAAGGAUGGACAUGUUAUAGGCCUAUCUGAUGCAAACAGACUCACCGAUGCCCUCAUUCUCCGCAACGUCUGGACUGGGGAUGAUGGGGAAUAUUCUUGUGCUAUAGAAGGACAAAAGGAUCAUCCAUCUCGAACACUGAGGAUUAAAGUUAUGUAUCGUCCAAGGAACAUCUCUGUAUCUGUACGCUCUGAAGGUGCAAUACUAGAGGGACAUUCUGUAAUUCUAAGUUGCCUAAGUGAUGCUGUACCGCCAGCUAGCUACAAGUGGUACAGGAAGACUGGGGAUGCAUCAUCAAUGGAGUCAUUACAGCAGUUUUACCCCAUUACUCGCGUCACCUCAGAACACUGUGGCCAUUACUAUUGCGUGGCUACAAAUGUGCACGGUACCGAGAAGUCUGCUGAUGUCCAACUUGAUGUCCAGUAUCCACCAAAAAAUGCAUCCAUCUCAGUCAGCCCCACUGGUGACAUACUGGAGGGCAGUUCUGUAAUGCUGACCUGCAGCAGUGAUGCCAACCCACCAGUGCACACCUACACCUGGUACAAGAAGAAUGUGUCCAUUCUACAGAAUUUCAGCAUCAGUGCCGUCGGCCCUGAAGACAGUGGAGAGUAUUACUGCCAGGCUCUGAAUAAACAUGGCGGCAUGAACUCAACUUUAUUCCAUCUUAAUGUGCUAUACCCACCUAAAUGGACAGUAGGGCAAAUGGCACUUGAUGACCAUCAGGAUGAUGAUGUCACCCUGACCUGCAGCAGUGAUGGGAACCCACCUGUGGAAACCUACACCUGGUACAGAAAAUCAGGAGAUUACACCACUCAUGUGGGAUCGGGGAAUGUCUACAGGUUCGCUCUGACCUCCACCACUGCUGGGUUUUACCACUGUGAAGCAGCAAACAAACUGGGAUCUCAGAACGCCACUGCUCUGGAGGUGUCCUUACCAGAAGAAAGAGGAGGAGCUUGAUGGCUGCACCCGCUGGAGACAGCAAUAACACCAACAGGAUCUCACAGGCAGUGGAUAACGAUUACAUCACCCUAGACCCAGCUGAGGGGGGCGAAGCCACCAGCCCAGGUGGUGAGGAGACAGGUGGUGACGUCCUGUAUGCAGAUGUUCUCUUCAAGAGGUCCAGACAGCAAGAGGAGGUGCCUCUCUACUCCAAUGUGCAGAUAGCUACAGACACGGAGGUGCCUCUCUACUCCACUGUCCAGAUGCCCAGGAGUCCAAGGCAAAGGGCAGAGGAGGUGGAGUAUGCCGCUGUGAAUUUCUCACGCCCCUCUGCUGCCACCAGUUCUGUGGAAUCUAUGGACACCUACAGCACAGUGAACUAACCAAGACAACACAAGACCUUAAAGACAGAGUAGGCCUGAGUAAUAUUUUUAGUCGUUUAUUUCAAGAAUUCACAAACUACUAAAACUGUUACAUACCUUUACCUAACUGUCUUACGUGACAUUAAAUUGCACUUUUCAUUUUGGAUUUUGCGCUUAAUUCACAUCCCGUCAAUGUAACUGAACCACUGUGAAAUAAUGACUGUAUAAUAUGUUUGUAUUGACUCUAUAAGAUAAAUGCCUUGUUUAGAUGUGUCACUUCUAUUUUAUUUUUAUUUUCAAUGUGCAGUCAUAUAGAAUACACUUUGAAGAA